UUUGAAGUUAAAUCAAUUUUGAUGAAAUUUGGUAUGUAAGAUUAGACAGGUAGAAAGGAUAUAGACAGAUUUUUAUCACAAAAUGAAUUUCAUGGACAAAACUGCAAGCGAAAACUAGUUUCUAAACAAAUUACGAUGACUGCUAAACUCGACUAUACAAGAUUAUAAGUAAAGUGGCUUCCAUGUACAAUUCUGACUCGUAAGCGAUUACCUCUACACAACACAAUUAUAACAGCCUAAUGGUUUAUAAAUGAGUUGAAUAUACAAUGUGUUGAGUGUGUAUUAACCUUUUGAGAAUGAACUAUAUAAAUGUGUAAGGUCUUUGAAGGCGGCAAUGAUAAUUGGAAAUAAAUUGAACACAAUAUGUAUCGAAAAUAUAUUUUUUAUUUACUCAACUGUACUAGUUACUUUGAUCAAAAUCUGCAACUAGAGUUUAGUAAUUAUAAUUUAGCAAAACCUUUGUAUAGCUAAACAAAACAUAUUAUUUUUAAUAUCUUAAAACCUGCACUGGCAGAUACCUGUUGUCAUAAAAUUAAAAUGUCAGAAAUGUCAUUCAAUUCGGUACAAAUAUUUCACGUCCUAAAAUAAACGUAAUUACAAAAGAUGCACACAGUCGGCUUGCCUAGAACAUGUCUCGGCUUCACAAACAUCCUGUGUUUCAUAUUGGCUUUCAUUGGCUUCACAAUUUGCGCGUGGUGUGCUAUCAACACUGAUUUCUUCCGCGAAGUCAACUAUACAGUCACCAAGAGUUCCCUAGUCGAUACUGUAGCGAAUUUCAUGAGUUUGAAAUUAUGGUUGACUCCCGUGACGUCAGUUUUAAUUCCAAUAGCCUUAUUGGCAAUGAUGACGUCAUGCUGUGGCGUUCUCGGCGCCGGCUGCAAAGUGAAAUGCGCUAUCAAAUCGUACAUUUUCCUUGUAUCAGUUUUAUCUUCAGUUGCCUUCUGGUUGUUCUUUAUAUCAGGGAUGUACAACAUAUAUACAAAUAAUGAGAGAACUUGCAAAUAUUUGCAAUCGUCGAUACAAAGUUACUAUGGUAAAGAGAAUGACCUUUUCACCAACAUCUGGGACUACACUAUGGUGAAUUACAAAUGCUGCGGUGCUGUGAGUUACAGGGAUUUCACUAAUUCCCAUUGGCAGAAAUCAAAUCCAGAUAAAAUGUUCCCAGUACAAUGUUGUAUCCUGGAAAAUGAGACUCACCUCAUUCCUGUCUCCAAAGAUUGUAUAAGGGAUGAAAAUGAUAUACAUUCUUACAAAGAAAUGGGGUGUAUGUACGCAUUGAGGCACUCGAUCAUAAACAAUAAAGGAAUGAUAAUAUUCUACAUAAUAUUUCUUGUGAUAACAUAUUGUAUAUUGAUUUUAUUUUCGUACUGCAUAAUAAGAGGCGAACCGCUCCUAGGGGCUAUGGCACAGAAUUUCGUAAGUUUUCUACCGCAACCGAAAGAGGGCGUUACUAAACCUUCCUCUACCCUACCCUACCAUUCUAACUCGUCUCUAGAAAACAUGUUAUAUAUGGAAGAACCUCCGAAGAAAAUCGUGAAAGUUGUGUCAGCAGUGAACCCGUUCCAAACGUAUAAAUUUACGCCGAGUGCGUACGAAAGGGGUGAUACGUGUCCCCAUAGUGUGGGCCAUACUUUGUAACAUUGCAAUAAAUGUGUUUUGAUCAUGUA